AUGCGUUAGGUUUUUUCGCGAUGGACAGAGGAUACGAUUGAUGUUUCGAGCGAACUAUUUCAGUUUCAAAAGGAAUGCAUACAAAAGCAGCAACUGGAUCUUCCCAUGACCGACGUUGAAUUGCUGGCUUUGAAUAGCAUCUUUAUGUUCACUCUGAAUGCUUCUGAAGAUUGCCGUGCCUACAUUCCGCAUGCUUUUGAUCCAGUUGCAGCCCAAGUGAAAACCGAACUGAAGCAGCAUUUUGGGUUUGAAAUUAUGGACGAAGAAUCGACGCGCCUAUGCAUUACUAUUGAAAAUCUCCUUCUAAAUAAUGAAGAUGCGGAAGGCACCAUAUUACAAUACUUACAGUCCACACGAAAUGGAUCGCCAAAGGUGCAUUCAGUUGCCAAAGUAAUAUACGAAUUGUACAAAACCUACAAACAGGACAUUGACUUGUCGGACGAUGACGAAGAAAAUGCAUUCGUCAACUUGGCCUUUAAACCUUUCGCCGAUGUGAUUCUUUCAGAGAUUCAUCACAGUCGUCUUGGCCAAAAACGAAAGCACUCAAUGGAAGCAUGGGAGUUUCACGCCAAUGCUACGGUCAGUACGGUAAUCAGCGAUCACAAUAGAAACUGUCUUAUUGUAAAGGCCAAAUCGCCACAACAGCCAACCGUGGCCGAACUAGUCAGAAUGGCGUUUGGCAUGAAAACUAUGUUGGAUCAUCUCGUAGAUGAACACGUAAAUCAACCCAUGACAUUCGGUAUUUACAUUGAAGGAUGCCAAUGUCGAUCAUUCAAAAUGGAUCUGCAGUACGACGGCAUUUACAGACUUGUGCAACUACGGCAAUUUUCAUUGAUGAAAAAUAUUUAUGAUUUCGGCAUGAUUCGCAACACGAUUUGUAGCCUAAGGCAACUCAAGACCCUCGUAAAUGAAUGCAUUCUGUCUAUUCGUGCACGUCGCCAACUGACACCCGAAGGGAUUCAGAGACAAGUAUGGAAACGCCCAACAGUCUUCAUUCCCAAUUGGCAGCUUUAAUUCAUUCCUGUCGCCCCAAAGUAGUCGCUCUGCUUU